UAGUGCAAACAACUAAUUUGAAUUAGUAGUGACAACAUUUUUUUUUUAAAAUGACAAAGAAUAAGUAAUGACCAUGUUUCAUUGACACAAAAUCUGGGUUUAGAGUGUAUAAUGGUCUGAGGAUGGUGUGACAGGUCAGGGCCUGGGGGACUAUAAUCUGUAGAACAAUAAAUUCUGCUCUCUAGAAGAAAAUCCUGAAGAAUGUCUGUUAUCAGCUGGUGAUCUGAAGCUCAAGAACAUGAGAGUUAUCACAAAACCACGAUCCAAAGAAGAGAUGUUGACCUUAGAUAAAUACAGGUGAAAUGUGGUACAAGCAGUUAUUGUGUUUAGGGGCAAUUACUUUUUCCACAGGGCUGAUAAAGGUAUAUAAAAUAAUAGAACUCUUAUUUUUUCAAUAAAAUAAUUACAAUUUAAAAACUGACUUUUACAUGGCAAUUGUUCAGAGAAAACAAAAUAACAAAAAUAAAAUAUUGAAUCAAAUGAAAUCUCUGGAUCAGAUUACUGUCACAGUUUAAAGGAUGAAUUCUUCUCUUUAUCUCCAGUGUCCACACUGAGGAUGGUGCUGGUGGGGAAAACUGGAGCUGGUAAAAGUUCUUCAGGAAACACCAUCCUGGGCAGGAAAGUCUUCAUAGCCGCAAAGAGUGGAUCAUCCAUAACUAAAGUGUGCUGGAAGGAGACUGGAGAUGUAGCUGGGAGGGAGCUGGUGCUGGUGGACACUCCUGGACUGUUUGAUACUGAACUUUCUGAGAAAGCGCUGAAACAGGAGAUCAGUAAGUGCAUUAACAUGAUGGCUCCAGGACCACACGCCAUCAUCCUGGUGAUCUCACUCGGCCCCUUCACCGAGGAGGAACGUCUCUCAGUGGAGAAGAUCAGAGCACUUUUUGGAGAAGAAGCAGAUAAACACACCAUGAUCCUCUUUACACAUGGUGAUGACCUGAGCUGCAUGAUUAAAGAGUACCUCAGAAGCGCUAACGAGCCCCUCAAAGACCUGAUUAGACGAUGUGGACAGAGAUAUCAUGUCUUUAACAAUAAAGACGUCCAGGACCGCACACAGGUUGUGGAGUUCUUGGAGAAAGUAGACAGCAUGAUUUUAGCCAAUAAUAAUGAGUUCUACACCAGUGAGAUGUACAGAGAGGUGGAACAGAGGCUGAAGAUAAGGGAAGAUGAACUGAGGAAGUUCUACGAGCAGAAACUACAUGAGCAACAACUGGAACUAGAGGCCAAAUUUCAGGAAGAAAAGAGGAAACUGCAGGAGAACCUCGAUGUCUUAAAAGAAUCUGUAGAAGAGAAGGAGAAGAAGAUCAAACAGCUGCAGCAUCUGGUCACCCGGAAUAACCAAAUACUGACCGAGUAUAAAAGAUAUUAUGAGCACAAACUUAAUGCAGUGAGACAGGAAGCAGAACAAAGUCAGUUCAGUGAGGAAAUACUGAAACGUGUCUUGCACAAGCUCAAAUGCUGGAGUGAAAAAUAAUCUGCACUGAUGUUAUAGAAUCUAUAGAAAUGACACUGAAGUGACUGAAUAAAUGAACAUGUUUAUACCUUAUGACUGUGAACUUAUUGAGAAAUCAGUAACUGAACAUUGUUUUAGAUUCCAGCUGUUUUUAUUAUCUUCACACAUACAUUACAGCACAGUGGAAUGUUUUUCUUCACAUAUUCAUAUAUGCACAUGCUUUCUCCAUGUGGUCUUUGAGGACAACAACCUCCUCAUCAAUACAACAUUUAUCAGACUGUAUAUUUAUAAUCACACCCCCAGUGUCACCCAGAUGAGGAUGAGGUUCCCCUUUGAGUCUGGUUCCUCUCAAGGUUUCUUCCUUUACCAUCUAAGGGAGUUUUUCCUCCCCACAGUCACCUGAGUCACCUCAGACUUGUUCAUUGGGGAUAAAUACAAACACAUUUAAAUAUAUCUAAUAUUAAUCUUUGUAUUAUAUUAAUCUUUGUAUAAUGAACAUUUUGUGCUACGUUUUUUAUGUUCUGUAAAGCUGUCCAUUGUUAAAAUCACUGUACACAUGAAUUUGAAUUGAGUUAAAUUCUUGUGGUUUAUGUUUAAUUACUCAAAUAAAUGAAUCUUGUGAGAUGAUACAGAAAUGUUUGCUAUUUCACUUUAAUUCAGACAGUUAAUAAACAGUGGGCAUCAGUGAUUAUAGUUUUGCAGCAGUUUCUGGUUUCAGUCCUGAUCUGGUGUCAGAUGAGGGUCUGUGUGGAGUUUGACAUGUUCUCAGCUCCUUCAGUUCAUGGGUUGUUUGGAAAUGUCAGGAUUGUGUUCAGUUCUGUCUGAAAUGUACCUGUACAUAAGAGAACAGAGUUCCUGCAGGAGUAAAG